AUGUAUAACGCAAAAAUGAACCCGCAAUGUUCAAAAUGUAAGGCAGCAAUGAGGAAAUAUAACUACUCAGUCAAAGAGAUAGAAAGAAUGAGAAACGACUAUGCAGACUUAAAGAAAGAAGCAGAGAAGCCGGUAGAAAAUAAAAUGGACAUGUUAGAAUUUCUGAACAAAAACUAUCCAACUGCUGACGAUUUCCUAUUAUCUGACGUCAAGAAGAAGUAUAAAGAAACUUUCGGUAUCGUUAAAACAUUCGAUGUACUAAAAGAAGAAAUAGAAGCUACGAAACUGUUUAGAGUCUCACGAAUUCAUAACGUUUACCAUGUAAAACGCUUAUAA